CACAGCGCUCCGCCCCUCCCGGAAAGUAGAUCCGGCCAGGCAGACAAAAGUUUGGGAGAGAAGUUCGGUCUGUGCUGAGUGUGAGAGUGAGGGGGCGGGGGCCGAGGAGAGUUGGGCGGCCGGGCGAGUGGACGCCUGAACAGACAGACCUGCGGACGGGACAGCCGCUGCCGUAGGCCCUUCUGGCCCGCCUUAACCCCUAAUGCGCGGGGGGAAGCAGCUCCUCCCGCUGGGGGAUGCUGCGGGAUUCCCGGUGCCGGGCAUCCGGGCCGCUUGCUAAACCCCUGUGCCUACCCUGUGCCCCCAGGGAACCGGAGUCCAGCCGCUGGGAAAGAGAAGCGGCCGCAGAGACGCUGCAGGGUGCCGGGCAGGGAGGGGGCUGGAGGCCCCAGGCCCGAGGGCAUGGAGCGGUUAGGGGAGAAAGCCAGUCGCCUGCUGGAGAAGUUAAGACUCUCGGACUCCGGCAGCGCCAAGUUCGGCCGCAGAAAGGGUGAAUCUAGCCGGUCUGGAUCUGAUGGGACCCCCGGGGCGGGCAAGGGGCGUCUGAGUGGGUUGGCGGGACCUAGGAAAUCAGGGCCCCGUGGAGCUACUGGGGGACCUGGGGAUGAGCAAUUGGAGCCAGCCCGGGAGCAGGGCCCUCUGGACGCUGAGCGGAACCCGCGCGGCUCCUUUGAGGCGCAGCGCUACGAAGCCUCCUUUCCCGGGGGGCCGCCUCCCACCCGGGCCUUGCCUCUACCUCAGUCAUUGCCCCCCGACUUUCGGCUGGAGACCACGGCCCCAGCUCUAAGCCCCCGCUCCAGUUUCGCCAGUAGCUCAGCCAGCGACGCCAGCAAGCCGUCCAGUCCCCGGGGCAGCCUGCUGCUGGACGGGGCGGGGGCCGGUGGAGCCGGAGGUAGCCGACCCUGCAGCAAUCGUACCAGCGGCAUCAGCAUGGGCUACGACCAGCGCCACGGCAGUCCCCUGCCCGCCGGGCCAUGCCUGUUUGGCCCACCCCUAGCUGGGGCUCCAGCGGGCUAUUCCUCUGGAGGGGUGCCGUCCGCCUACCCGGAGCUCCACGCUGCCCUGGACCGACUGUGCGCUCACCGGCCGUCGGGAUUCGGCUGCCAGGAAAGCCGCCACUCGUACCCCCCGGCCCUGGGCAGCCCCGGGGCUCUAGCCGGGGCUGGAGUGGGAGCGGCAGGGCCAUUGGAGAGACGCGGGGCGCAACCCGGACGACACUCGGUGACCGGCUACGGGGACUGCGCGGCUGGCGCCCGAUACCAGGACGAGCUAACAGCACUGCUGCGCCUGACCGUGGGCACGGGGGGGCGAGAAGCCGGCACCCGCGGGGAACCCUCGGGGAUUGAGCCGUCGGGUCUCGAGGAGCCGCCGGGUCCGUUCGUUCCAGAGGCCUCCCGGGCCCGGAUGCGGGAGCCAGAAGCCAGAGAAGACUACUUCGGCACCUGUAUCAAGUGCAACAAAGGCAUCUAUGGGCAGAGCAAUGCCUGCCAGGCCCUGGACAGCCUCUACCACACCCAGUGCUUUGUCUGCUGCUCCUGUGGGCGAACUUUGCGCUGCAAAGCUUUCUACAGCGUCAAUGGCUCCGUGUACUGUGAGGAAGAUUAUCUGUUUUCAGGGUUUCAGGAGGCAGCUGAGAAAUGCUGUGUCUGUGGUCACUUGAUUUUGGAGAAGAUCCUACAGGCCAUGGGGAAGUCCUAUCACCCAGGCUGCUUCCGAUGCAUCGUUUGCAACAAGUGCCUGGACGGCAUCCCCUUCACAGUGGACUUCUCCAACCAGGUGUACUGUGUCACUGACUACCACAAAAAUUAUGCUCCUAAGUGUGCGGCCUGCGGCCAACCCAUCCUCCCCUCAGAGGGCUGUGAGGACAUUGUGAGGGUGAUCUCCAUGGACCGGGAUUAUCACUUUGAGUGCUACCACUGUGAGGACUGCCGGAUGCAGCUGAGCGAUGAGGAAGGCUGCUGCUGCUUCCCUCUGGAUGGGCACUUGCUCUGCCACGGCUGUCACAUGCAGCGGCUUAAUGCCCGACAGCCCCCUGCCAACUAUAUCUGAACUGCAGUCACCGCUGCUGCCUUUCGCCACCAUUGACAAAUUCCUCUGGCCAGAGGCCCCCUCUGAGGCCAGCCGAGGCAAGGAACACACUCCCAGGCCGGGCAGAAGAGCCCUCUGGAGAAGGCCCCAAGGGCCAGAGACCCAAAGAGACGACAUUCCAAAUGGAUUAUGGAGAAGGACCUUCCAAUUGCCAUGGUGGGGUGACUGGCUUGCUUUCCACGUGUGCAGCCUGUACUGUAGCGUAUACUCAGGCACACACAGGCGAGUUCCAGUACUUUCUAGAGGUCUGAUUCCAGUCUGUAUCUCCAGUGUAUCUUUAUGCGUAAGUCAAGUGAUGUUGUGGCUAUGGAUUAUAGGAAGAGAGGACAUCAUGAGCACUCCUCACUCUUUUGUACCUCUCAUGUGGGUCAGGUAUGGGGUCAGCUGGUUCUUACCACAAUGUCUGUAUCUGGAUAAAAAGAUGGAAACUAGACCUUAUUACUGAGGUUUUUUUUUUUUUUUUUUGGCCACCUUCUCUUUAUGGACUUGGAGUGCUGCUCACCCAUCUGCUGGGAAGGGGGACAGCUCUAGGUGGGCCUGUCGCCUGUAUUGCCUGUUUCUCAGGGACUCACAUGGGCCUGGGAAGGCUAGGUGGGUGCCCGUACUUGGUUCCUCUUCUCCUCAGCCUGGGGAGGUAAUGAGUGGGUCUUUGGGGGUGGAGGUGCCAGGCGAGACGUCUAAGAAGUGUCAGGCCAACCACACUCCGUGCACGCGGCCAGGUGUGCACUGAUACCUCCAACCCAAUAUAGACACACAUAGGCACAUUCAUAGACACACUGUCUCACUCCCUUCUUCUCAGGUCAGUCUUCCCCGGUUCCCUCAUAGUCACUCGCCACUCUCGACCUGCCACCUUUCAGAGGAAGCUAGGAUUAUAACCACUGCAACUCCCAAACUCUGAGGUUCUGGGGAGGCGGAGGGGCAGCACACUUUGAUCUGGUUCUAGUCAGUUUGGCUGAAAUUGGUUUAAGCUAGAUUCCCUUAAAGCCAAUUCAUGGGAGACGUGUAUGCUUAAAGUUUACUUUUUUCAGGGGGGAGGGUGCAAAAGUGGUUUUAUUUAAAGCACGGGAAUAGGACUCGUGGGCAGAAAGAGCUGCCAAAGUUUACUUAAUGAUCAGUUUGCCAAAAGCUCAAUCCCUGUGGGGUAUUUUUAUAGCCAUUUAGGUAUUUCGUUGUUAUGUUUCAGGUGUUUUCAGGAUUUAUAUCUGUUCAUCCAACAGUACUUCUGAGUUAUUGUCAACAACAUAAAUUUAUCAAAUUUGCAGCACUUUGUAACGAUGAGAUUGCUUCCUACCUUUAUGGACAUUUUCCUAUGUUACCUACUCUUCAAACACUUUUCUAAAAAGUUUAAACUUUCUAGCAAUAAGUAUAAUUGGUAUGGACAUUUUGUGUAUCAUUUUUUGUGUUUCUUAAUUCAAUAUGCCUUUACAAGUUAGAUGCCUUGGAACACUUAAUAGAGCUCAAUAUGAUCUUGAUGCUUUGGCCUAACUUCUACAUUCCUGCUGUUAAAAGGGCCAAUAUAUUCUAAACAAAUGAGCAGCCAUGUGGCAUAUUCUGUUGACUAAUAAUUAAAGGUUACAUGGACAACAACAAUUAAAAGUGAAAGGGCAGAUCUACUAAAUCCUUUUGAAAUGCUGCAAAUUUGAUAAAUAUUUGUUUUAGACUAAUUGUCUGUAGGUGAAUUGGUUUUAGGCAAAUUAAUCUAAUAAUCUUUGAUUCUUAGUUUUCAUUUCCUGUCACUUAGAGUUUCAUCCUGGAGAUGGGGACUCCUGAGAACAGAAAUUCUGCAUUUAGGGGUAAUUCUAAGGUGACCGUGCCAGCCAAGCUGGGGUUGCAGAGGAGAGGCCUGUGCACGCGGGUGGGAGUGGGGUAAGAGCUCAUAUCCGUACCCCUGACUGCCAGAGGAGAUGCACUUUUUCUGGAGGGAUAAAUGAUCUGAAACUAGAUUACUUGGUCUACAGAGGGGAUUGCUUCUUCUGAAUUAUUAUUAAAUAAGUGAAUACAAAGACUCUGACUGGGCAAUUUUCUCACCAGGCUGCUCCAGGCCUGGGAAAUCCAGACAAGCAUGUAUACCUCUACAACCAUCCCUUCUAUGACUCUUGGAGGUCAUGUGCCCUCUGACCUUUCGUUUCUUACUCCGAUUUCAGCCUCCAUCUGUUGCCGACUGGCUGAUUCCUUUCUGGGUCUGUGCUCCUCUGUGGCAGCCCUGGGGCUCCCUGAGGCUGGGGCUACUUCCUUCCUCCGCCCUGAGAAAAGACAAGUGCUAGCAGCCGAUGAGGACAGGCCCAGGGAAGGCAGGCUGUGGCAGAAGAGCAGCCCCAGCCGCCCCAUGUUGUCACUGACCGGCUCCCAAGUGUACCCUGCGUUGCAAGAGUCCGCUCCUAUUCGCCAGGAGACGGCUCAUCCGGACCCGUUCUAUUUAAUAUUUAUAGCUAAUAGAUACAGCAAAGGAUACAACAACAGGUAGACCUUGUCUGGCCAGCUUACCGCCUGAUUUUUGUCAAUAGCCACUAGGCCUGAGGUGGGGGCAAGAGGGAAAUGGGAUCACGGAUCCAUUUUGUGUCUCUACUCGAGAGUCACAGUACAGGGGUCAGGCUUUCGCAGCAGACCAGCUGUUUGCUCUGGUCAGCUCCGUUCACUACAGAUCCGAGUGUGGUUUGGUUUAUGAGGAAUAAGGCUGGUGGUGGUUCUUCCUCUGGCUCACUGCUUCAAGACCUGUUUCUCCCUUCCCCCUUUCCUAGGCCAGGGAGAUGGUAAGAUUCCAUUUGCAAUCAGGCCGGAGACUGUCCUCAGUUGAGGAAGUAGAGAAAGCUAUUUCUAGGCACGUAAAGCCAGCUGGAUAAGGUCCUUGAGAUUGCAUGUGUAACAAGAAGGAUAACGAGAGAGAAAGGAGACGGAUAGGAUUGAGACAAAAAGAUUGGAAAAACCAGUGAGCAAAAGCAUGUUGUUGUUUUAGAAGGAUCCAGACCCCAGAGCGCGGUCAUUUGGAGCUGUAAUGUUAGAGGGCUCUACAACAAGGACAGUCUCUUUCCUCUCUGUUCUCCCUCACAGCAAAGGGGGACCCAAGAUGGUCUCUGCUUUGCCGCCAGUUACUGGUGUAGAGCUCUUGGAAUCCACACUUGGCCCUGGUUGUGAAGAACCGAGGUUUGACCUUGGAAACAAGAGCAAACCGUCACUGGGACGUCUGGAUUAGAGCAGUCUGACUGGUGUUGGAGAGUACUCAGAGGCAGAUUCUGCCCACCUGCUCUUAGAAAGGAUAGCGCUGCCCUUUGUGAAAGGAGCCAAGGAACGAUCCAAGCAGGGAGACAUGGGUUAGCAGGAACAUCUGCUGAAAGGUGUAGGUGUCCUAGAGAGUUAGAGCCAAGCAGGGUAUGACUUUAGAACCCAGUGACCUCAUUUUACCAAAUGAAGAACUAGAAGUGGAACGAUAGUGGCACUUACCUAAGGUCAUGCAGCUGGAAAGAGUUUCCAACUUUUGAAGACUAAGAGCUUAUUUCCCCUCUUCCCUCCCACCCGGGCCCUCCUCCCCAUUGCAGGGACUCCCGUAGCACAAGUAGACUGUAAAUUAGAUCAGCCCUUCAUUAUGAUGGAUUAUUAGGGAAAGUUUUAGUGGGAAAGCCAAGGAAUGUAAGAGACAAUAAUGAAAACGUGUGAUUCUUACUGAUAUUUGGUUGGUUGGUUGGUUUUGUUUUUGGCUAAUUUGAACUAGCAGUAGCCAAAGUACCUUUAAAAGUACAUUAGAAGAAGCAAAAGAAAUACACUUCAGGAGAGUCCCUGCCCUUGUGGAGGUCACAGUCUAGCCAGGGAGACAAAUACGCACAUAAAAUGCCUUGAGAAGAUUACAAGCAACAUGUCGCCAAGUGCAAAGUAAUUGAGUGUUACAAACAAAAGACCUAAUGCUGCAGGCUACAGAUGACAAGGGGGGGACUCCGUUGGACUUGGAUUGUAGAUCAGAAGGUGGCGGCCCAAACACAAAUCCUGUCCCCAAGCGCAUCCUUUGGCCGCUGGGAGUGGGAGUUAUUUUUUUAUAUUAAUUUGAACCUUCAUUGAGGAGGGGAAAACGCCAGCUAGUAAAUGCAGAAAGCAGGAUAAACUUGGAAAAACAGCAUUUUGUGGACCUGAAUAAAAUUAUUGAUUCAGGCCAAAUUAUUAAUUAGAGUGAAAACUCUAAGAAGCGGUUGGUGGACAACUGGACAUAAAUACAAUGCCAAGUAACCUACCAGCUAUGGUCUUGUCAUCACUCAUUUCCUGGAAUGGGUCUUAGUAUCACUAGCCAGUCGACUGGUUCUGGUGUGAGGCAAACACACAACCCAACCUAGUGUAGAGUCUGGCUGCUCCCCACCCCGGGGAGAAGCAUGACAUGUCGCUUGCGGUUUACAGGAAGGGUUGUGAGAAAGUAAGGGACACCAGGAGGAAACAACCGCACAAACCCAGGAGGUGAGGCACCCUGCAGGGCAACGGGCCAGCGCUCCUCAGCAAGUCUGCAUGAUUUGUUUACAGCAUCUAAACUGUGAGAUUAGAGAGACUUAAGCUAUCUAGUGACAAUCCAAUACAUGGUCCUGGAAUCCCUACUGGUUUAAGCAAAUUGCUAUAAAAGAUAUUUGGAGUCAACUGGGAAAGUUUUUAUAUGGACAGGGGAUUAGAUGCGGUGAAAAUUUACUGAGACGGAAAGGUCAAAAUCAUUAACAAAAAUGCCAGUCACAAAACCAGUACAGGGUAAUCACAUUUUGUUUUAAAAAUGUCUAUAUGUUUAUUAAAAAAAAAAAAAAGACCUGACAGGAUAUACAUGAAGGUGUUGACAGCGGUGGUCUCUGAGCGGCGAGAGUAUGUUUUUGUGUUGUUGGCCUACAUUUUCUAUUAUUAUACAGUGCACUGGUACUGCCUCUGUAGUAGUAAUAAGCUGUUAUGAAUAAAAUAACUAGUUGCCAAUAUUUAUAAUUAAGGAGACUUCACACAAAAAUCUGUGAAUUGCACAUGAAGAGUGGGGUUUCUAAGGUUUUUUUCUGAAUACUCAGAAGAUCAGUCACCCCGGCCUUCCAGUCUCCCAAGGCAACAACCAGUUGGAACCGAGGAAUGGCUGCUCCUUCCUAGGGUGAUUUCUCUCCUCCUUUUGUCACAGUCCUCCCCCACUCUGUGUGCUUCACACUGCUCACCUGCCUGCCUCCUGGAGACCCUCUAUUUGAGUCAGUGACCUUCUCUUUGGAUGAUCCUGGUGGGCUCCCUCCCCAUCCAUAGAGCCUCCCAUUAUGAAUCAGUUGAAGGUAUCAACAAAUUAGUUUUGAAAUGCUGCCUGAGAAGAGCAUCCGUUCCAGAGUUACCUGUGCCUAGGUUUUGCCUUUUUUUUUGUUUUUGUCUUUUUGGUUUUUUUAUAAGGCAACCCAGUCAUGGGAAACCCAGAUGUAAUACUUCAUCUACUUAGCUGCCACGGUUGCGUACUGUAAAUGAGUUUAGCAAAAUUUCUCUUUGGUAAAUGGAAUUUGGAAAGUAUACUAAAUUGCUAACUUCAUCAAGAUUUUGCUUUUUUUUUUUUUUUUUUUUGCCAUAACACCUUCAUCUUAGGAGGCAUUUCCAAAUUUCAGUGUAUGUUCUUCCCAAGCAUGAAACUCCAAAUGCCCUUUGGUUGGUUGGUCUGUUUCUUCCACUGGUUCUGAUACAGUUUUUAAAGGAGAAAAUCUCUUUCAUAUGCAACUCAGUAUAAGGCAGUGUCAUCAUCAGUUUAAAAUCCAGGGAAAUACUUUUAUCAGCCUGGCACAUGUUUUCUCAUUACAGCAGCACACUCCAUCCUUAUUACAAGAACUGCACACGUUGGCCUCAUGUCUAGCUUUUCAAAAUGAUACUGGUCGUCUUCUGAAUCAAUUUCCUUUACUGUCUCACAUUCCUUUGGUAAAAAUGGUUUCAAUCUGUCCCAUUUUUUGAGCCAAAUUUCUCAGCUUUUCUUUGAGAUCCAAAAUGUCCUAUCAGGCCUUAUUUAUAUACUAGUUCACAAUGGCGCCUCAGUAAAACCAGGCUCAUUUCAGUUUGUAUAACAAGCGUUUCCAUGAACAGACGGGUAACCCCUAAAGCCACAUGGGGGCUGGGUUUGAAAUCCCCUCGGAAUGGUUAAGCAAUUGAAAAAUGGCACAUUAUGAACAUUUGUUCCAAAAUUGUCAUUCGAUGUCAUAGGUUGAUUACAUAUUUUCUUUAUCCACUUGUUUUCUCCUUAAAUCAUGUACUUACAAUGGGCAUGGAAUUUCCUAGCUUAAUCAUCAAUAGUUGUGUCUCUGAAUACCUUCAUUUUCCAGUGAACACCCUUGAAAAUAAUUCAAAAACCUCUUGACUGCCUGUAAAUUUUAUUCCUGAAACUAGUUUCUGGGUCCAUAAUACAAAUACAUUCUUGCUACUCAUCCU